GCGAAGGAGAAAUUCCCCUCCCCAACCAACAGGAGGCGCCGAGGGCCCAUAGCCUGCCCUUGCUGGCCUUCUCGGAGGCGCUCCUUUACGUCACUUCCUUGGCUAGUCUCUCCCGCCGCCCUUCGCGCGUCGCUGGCUGAUGACGCUCUCCCAGGGCCGCGUUGUCUUGACAAACUAGUGUAGCGACUUCCAAUGGGGAAAUCAACCAUGAGUACGAGAGGGACACGCACCUACCACCCUGUCCCCUCAGCCCUCAGCCCCCCGGGAAAGUGAAAGUGAGGGCCUUUUAGCCCGAGGGCGACCCUGAGGGAAUUGGGCACCCUGCAUGAGGUCACAAGCAGGCACUACCUCAGAGGGUCAGGUGGAACGUGAGGUGAAGUCUGACUGAAAAGCCAGGCGCGGCUGAGGAAAACGCGAAAUUGGGCUGUAUCCUGCACGUUCCUGUCACAAAGGAUUGUGUAACAGCCUUCGUCUUGCCCGAAAUGGCUACCACCGCCCGUUCUCAUAACGACUCGGAAUGUCGUCAGCUACAGUCCCUGGUCUGCUACCUUGUACACCCACACUAUGGCAGCCUCAUUAAUGCAGAUGGCCAUGGCGAAGUUUGGACAGAUUGGAAUAAUAUGUCCAAGUUUUUUCAGUAUGGAUGGAGAUGCACUACUAAUGAGAAUGCCUAUUCUAACCGCACCCUAAUGGGCAACUGGAACCAGGAAAGAUAUGACCUAAGGCAUAUCGUGCAGCCUAAACCAUUGCCUUCGCAGUUUGGACACUACUUUGAAACAACAUAUGAUACAAGCUACAACUGCAAAAUGCCAAUUUCAACCCAUAGAUUUCAGCGAGAGCCUCACUGGUUCCCAGGACAUCAACCUGAGCUGGAUCCUCCUCAAUACAAAUGCACAGGAAAGUCAACUUAUAUGACUAGCUAUUCAAAGCCUCAAAUUGGACAGCGGUCUCUGUGUGGGUGGAAUUCUAAUAGCUGCCAAUUUCAGGGUCCAGGAUUCUAAGUAAGAAUAAGAAGCUCAUUUUUCCAGAGUAGAAUGUAGGAGGGAGCACAUUCUAGAAGCACAACUAAAAAAUUAGCUGACUGAGAAACAGCUCCUAAUAAAAAGCAAAAGGAAAAAAAAAAACAUGGAAAAUGGUCUCUGCC